GUGCGAGUCAGUGACUGCCGUCAAAUGGAAACUGCCAUGAGCGGACGGUACGAUGUCCAGCCUUGACCCGGCGCGCCCGCAGCCAUGCGUCAAUGGUUGGCUACCAGAAGAAUGACAUAAACGCUCACACGAAACUGAUCGCCGGCUGCGCGUCCGGCGUCCUCACGAGGUUCUGCACGCAACCCCUCGACAUCAUCAAGCUUCGGACUCAACUGCAGAAGACCAACCCCAAGAAGGCGUACAAGUCGCAAUGGCUCCCAACCACCAUGAGGAUCUUGAAGGAAGAAGGCGUGUUCGGCUUCUGGGCUGGACACAACCUUGGACAGUUGCAUUCAAUCCUGUCGGUGAGCAGCCAGUUCUACGCGUUCGAGCUGGCAACCUCCUACGUCAUGAGGACCUUCCACCCUAGCGCCACAUAUCAGCCGUACGUCCUGUUCAUGUGCGGCAUUUUCGCUGGCUGCUGCAGCACCACGCUGGUGCUCCCCAUCGAGGUGAUCCGAGUCCGGCAGAUGAUCGUCAAGGAGCAAUACCAUGGCAUAUUAAACGGCGCGCGCAUGGUCUACCGCUCGGGAGGCGUGUUCGCCUUUUACGAGGGCCUGAGCGCGUCACUCAUGCAGAUGGGCCCGGCCGUGGGCAUCUCCUUCGGCACGUUCAGCUACCUGCAGCCCCUCCUGCUGCACUUCUUCCACGAGAGGUACCUGGCCAACUGCGAGAACUGCGGUGACCACUCAGACUUCAACAAAUAUAGGCCGGAGCACAUUCUGAUGGCUAGCACGAUGGCGGGGUCUGCGGCCGGCUUCCUCUCCAAGACUGCCACUUAUCCCUUCGACCUGGCGAAGAGGAGGCUGCAGAUUGCUGUCAGUACCACUCCAACAUCUCACCGCCGUUUCUUGCUACCAAAUGUAGUCUUGAUAGUCACCAACAAAAUACUAAAUAUAAAAUUCCAACAACUGCCAGAAAAUUGUUUAAGUGUAGGAAUCUGAAUCAAUGUAUCUACAAAACUGUUAAGCAAGAAGGCAUCUUGGGGCUGUACCGCGGCUGGGGCAUCACCGUGAUCAAGGCGCAGCUUACCAGCGUGAUGGCGUUCACCACCUACGAGAUCAUGUGCUUCUUACUCCGGGAGAUGGACUUGUAGCCUCCAGGGACUGUGCAAAAAGUUCAUACCGACGCGAUAUUGAUGAAAAUAUUAUCUAAUCAAUUAAAUUAUUAUUUACAUCAUGUAUCCAAGAAAACGCACUAGAUUUAUUUAAAAAAAAGCAAAAUGAAAAGUUGAAGACAAAUUCAUGUUUCAUUUCGAGUGCAACUGCAGGGUUAAUACAUUUUUUUUUAUUAUUUUGAUACUUAUUAAGAAUUAAAUGUAUUUAUGAAUUAAAUAAAUUUUAGACAUUUA